ACAGAGCUUCAGUCCUCCUGGCUUCCUAGAGGGGCACGCCCCCCCACUUCCGGCGCGCGCGGCCCAAGCCGGUCCUGCUCCCUUCUCGGGGUCGGUCCCAUCAGCCCGCAGAGCAAAGGUAUCUACCUCAGGAGCUCCCUAAAGACCUGGAAUUCAGAAGGAAUCUCUCAGACACAGACCUCCAUCCUCUCCCAGCCUUAAAACGGGCAGCCUUUUCAGACUAUCUCCGUCCAGGAUGUCAGGAAAGGCCACAGCCUUGGCCUACCAUGCUGCAAAAGAACAAGAAGGACUUGUGAAGGUUGUGAAGGCUGAAGAAGAGAAUUAUGUUUGGGGGCAGGGCUUUGACCUUCAGGGAAAUGCCUGUAGCCAGGAGACCUACCGCCAGCAGUUCAGGCAGUUUGGUUACUCUGACUCCACUGGGCCCCGGGAGGCUCUGAGCCGGCUCCGGGAGCUUUGCCAUCAGUGGUUGAAGCCAGAGAUGUACACCAAAGAGCAGAUCCUGGAGCUGCUGGUGCUGGAGCAGUUCCUGAGCAUCCUGCCUGAGGAGCUACAGGCCUGGCUGCAAAAGCACCGGCCAGAGAAUGGAGAGGAAGCUGUGACUAUGCUGGAGGAGCUGGAGAAAGAGCUUGAUAAACCAGUGCAACAGGACACAACUCAUAGCCAAGGAAUGAUCUGGACGGAAAUGACAUCCAUGGGAGCACUGAAGUCUCUGAGUAUCCAGCUCCAGCCCUUGGAGAAUCAACGCAAGAGUGGGACUCAGGAGCUCCAGGCUUUCCAUGAGAGAGGUGGAAAGCUGGUGGCUAACAAAGUAUUGACAGCAAAGCAAGAAAUUAUUGAAUGUGUAGCAUCAACAGCCAUGAUAUCGCCAGGAAGAAUCCCUAGGGAAACUCCUUCAGGACAGAUAGUUGAAGAAGCUUUAGGAGGUCUGGAAAACAUUAAGAAGCCAAAAGGAAAUGCUACAAAGAACAAAAUGAGUCAGCCCCCUUCCCAGAAAAGACAUUUUAGUUUGGCAACGUUUAACAAGAAAAUCUCCACAGAAGAGAAUGUCCUUGAGUGUGAUGAAAGUGAAGGAAGUCUCAGUCUGAAUUCAAAUGUUACAGCACAACAGAGAAUUCACACUGCGGGAAAGUUCUAUGAGUGUUUUGACUGUGGGAAAGCCUUUUGCCAGAGCUCAAAGCUGAUUAGACACCAGAGAAUUCAUACUGGAGAGAGACCUUAUGCAUGUAAAGAAUGUGGCAAAGCCUUUAAUUUGAGCUCAGACCUUGUUAGACAUCAGAGAAUUCAUAGUGGAGAAAAACCCUAUGAAUGCUGUGAAUGUGGCAAAGCUUUCAGGGGCAGCUCAGAGCUCAUCAGGCAUCGGAGAAUUCACACUGGAGAGAAACCUUAUGAGUGUGGCGAAUGUGGGAAAGCUUUCAGCCGGAGCUCAGCCCUUAUUCAGCAUAAGAAAAUUCACACUGGUGACAAAGGCUAUGAAUGUAUUGAAUGUGGUAAGGCUUUUGGUAGAAGCUCUAUCCUUAUUGAACAUCAAAGAAUUCACACUGGAGAGAAACCUUAUCAGUGUAAUGAAUGUGGAAAAUCCUUCAAUCAGAGCUCAGCCCUCACCCAGCACCAGAGAAUCCACACAGGAGAGAAGCCUUAUGAAUGUAGUGAAUGUAGGAAAACAUUUAGGCAUAGGUCAGGCCUUAUGCAGCAUCAGAGAACUCACACUAGAGUUUAACUCUGUGAGUAAGAGUUGUACAAUUAUGAAAUACAAGGAAUUCACUUUGGUAUGAGACCCUACAGAAGAUAGAAGUUUCCUGAGAGUUCCUGUCCUUCCAGUCCAGUUCAGUACACAAAGGUGUAUGUUCAAGUGUUGAAUGGGCACCUUCGCAGUAACUCCAGGACUGGGGCAGAGAUUCUGAAAGAGCUUCUUAUAAGAUAGACUAUGAGGUGAAGUCUCCAAUGUCAAGGAUCUCUUCCCAGCAAGAGCAUUGGUGCACUUGACAGUUGGAGGCAUGUGCUGAGUUACUCAGUUAUCUGAAAUGUUGAAUUGUGUGAUUGUGAAAUGUUGAAUUUUGCCCUGGAUCAGUUUAGUGGCAUCUGGGAAUGGUAGCUUAUUCUGCCCCCUCACCAGCUCUCUCCUCAGCCCUGAGUUUCUUGCUAAGGUCAAUUGAGGUCUACUUAUUUACUGAUCACCUGCUAUGUGCCAGCCAUCAGGGGAAGACAUGGCCAUUGCCACUCCCAGAGUUAAGAGCUAAUUGGAUAUACUUAUUAAACAGAAAAGUGUGAUAAGUGCUUUGGUAAGAUAUAUCCAAGAUUCUGUCAAAAUACAGGGCAGGGUUUCCUGGAUGUGAUGAAAUCUCAGUUGAGACAUAAAAGAUGGGUAGAAGUUAGCCAGAUCAAGGCAAGAGGGAGAAGAACAUUAUAGGCAAAAGUUAUAGGACAUACAGUGGCGUGGAGAGGAUAUGGAGACAUUCCUUCAUCAAAACUCUUCUCUCUGGCAGGGGUUGGUUCUUGUAGACCCUGGAUCAGAAGCCAGAGCAUGUGUUGGUUCUUCUCUUCCUAUUUAUGAUCACUGAGUUGGGUAGCCUGCCCUAGACCCAGAGUGACCUAAGAGACUUUGAAGUACUCAGGAGAAUUUGUGUGAUGGAAGACUGGUGAAUUGUAUGAAAAAAGUCAUGUGUUUACACCAAGAAAUAAUACAUAUUGGAGGGUAGAGGGACAGUCAGGACUGGAGUGUUUGUGUCCCUUGACCCUGGGGCCCAGGAAAUGGGGAGUUAACAAGAACACAGGCAUGGGAGGUCUGCCUUCCCAGGCUUCACUAUUCCUUAUUCCCUGUCCCCUCACUUCCAGAUGCUAAGCUGCUUGAGUACAAUGAGUAUUUGUUGAAUUACCCACUCAGAUUCCUUAAAACACUUAUCUGCUAGUUUUUAUUUUAGCAGUUUUAAUUAAUUACUGAAGGCAGUCGCUACCUGAAAGUUUGGUUCCUCUUCUAAGAUGUCUUGAUUUUCCUUCCAGAUACUGUCACUUCUGAAGACAACUUGGUGAUCAAAGCUGUUGUGGGUAAGAGGGGAGGUGAAAUUGUGUGGGGGAGUCUUUGUGUCCAUAAAUUGUGGGAUUAUCAUUGAGGCCAAUCAGAUGUCUAAAGAGACCUUUCCAAUGGAUAGAGUUCCCUUUUCCUAUAAGUGACAAUCAGAUGAUUUCAUGUUUUUAAUAUCAUUUAGUAGUUUUUCCCUGAUUGUGAAUUGUCAAUGUUGAUAAUACAGAAAAUGAGAAAAUAUAAAUCCUACUAUCCGUAGAAACAUUAACAUUUUGGAGUACUUUCUAUUAGUUUUCUUUCCUCCAUCCCUAAUAUUUUUUGGUAAAAUCUUGUUUGGGAAAUAAUUUUUUGUAAUUGAUUCUAACAUUUAUUCUUUGAGUAUAUACUUCAACUGGUUAAUAUUAGAAUAUAAUGCAAGUUGUAAUAAAAUCUGAGUUUUAA